AAGAGGUUGUCAAGAAAACGUUCAUGAAAAGCUGAUGCAAUAUUGUGGAGACGGGCAGUGAAAUUUCGCCUAGAAAUUGCUGAAAAAGUGGUGCCCCUUUGAUUUUAAGCAACCCCCGACGUAGCAAAGCUUAACCAUGGCGGAAGAAGAUGCGAUCUUUGACCCUUCUUUGAUGAAGAAAAAGAAAAAGAAGAAGACUCCGUUCGAUCUGGAUGCCGCGAUGGCGACGGAGGAUUCGGCUGAGGCCGAGUCGGCGGCCGACGGUAGCGCUGGCACUGAAGGAAAGGCGUCUGGUGCGGCGGCUGCCGGUGAGGACGAGGAGGAUCUAGAUCUGGAGAAUUUCAGCAAGAAGAAAAAGAAGAAGAAGAAGCCGUUCAACCUGGACGAGCUGGAGGGUGCCCUGCCGUCCGGCUCCGCCGAUGCCGAUGGUGAGGGAAAGGAGAACCGGGACGACGGUGAAGGUGGUGCCGGUGGCGACGAUGGGCUGGACGAGGACUUCAAGAUGGACUUUAGUAUGAAGAAAAAGAAGAAGAAGAAGAAGGACCUUACGGAAUUGAUGGAACAGGAAGGCGCGGAUGGCGUCGAUGGCCAGGACGAUGAUAGGGAUAAUGCUGAUGAGAACGCUUCUUCGUGGGCCGGUUCCGAUCGUGAUUACACGUACGACGAGCUGCUGAACCGCGUGUUUGAGAUCAUUCUCGACAAGAACCCGGAAAUGGCCGGUGGGCGCAAGCCGAAGUUUGUGAUGCGACCACCGCAGGUGCUGCGCGUCGGCACGAAGAAAACUUCCUUCGCCAACUUUACGGAAAUCUGCAAAACGCUCCAUCGGCUACAGAAGCAUCUGCUUGACUUCCUGCUGGCUGAGUUGGGUACGAGCGGUUCGGUCGACGGUAACAAUCAGCUCAUCAUCAAGGGCCGCUUCCAGCCGAAACAGAUCGAAAACGUGCUGCGAAGAUACAUCAAGGAAUACGUCACCUGCCACACCUGCCGCUCGCCCGAUACGAUCCUGCAGAAGGACACGCGACUGUUCUUCCUGCAGUGUGAAUCGUGCGGUUCACGCUGUUCGGUCGCUAGUAUUAAAUCUGGCUUCCAGGCCGUCACCAGUAAACGUGCCGCGAUGCGUGCCAAGACCGCCUAAUAGAAUAGGGUCGUGGUGUGGUGCCGGUGGUCGUGGAGUGGUGCGUGUUCACGUGUUGCAGGUUCUUGUUCUCUUCGUUUAAGCUACAGUAGGUGUGGGUUUCUCACGUGGAAACGGUCCAUAAGUCACCACGCUAGGCGCGCUUGCGCUGGUCACCGUCGUUCUGGUGAUUUUCGCAUUUUCCUUUCCUUUCCGGUUCCUUCCGGAGGUGUGUGCUCUUUGUAGUUUUGCCAGAGGUUUGGUUUUUGUUUUCCCGAAAACCGUGUGACCGAUCGAACCGGCGGUGGCACACAAGGGUGUCGUUUAUUUUCACGAGGAGAACGGCACGCGCAGAUGCACAGAAACAAUGCGAGAUAGUGAGAGAAAUAAAAUAUUCCUUUUUCACAAUCAGACUAAAA